AUGACCGCAACCACCUCGACCCCUUUGUCGCACCCCGCAAACGGCCGCACCGCCUCCUCCUCGUCGUCCUCCUCCUCGACCACCCUCGAUGCGCCGCUCACCAACGGCAGCAGUGCGCACAAGCAUGCGCACGCGUUCGCCACUCGCGCCAUUCACGUCGGGUCCGAGCCCGAGCUGUCCAUCUCGGGCGGUGUCAGCACCCCGCUCGACCUCUCGACCACGUACCGCCAGACUCGCGUCGGCGAGCACAAGGGCUUCGAGUACUCGCGCUCGGCCAACCCGACUCGGCUCGCGUACGAGCGGCUCAUCGCGUCGCUCGAGGGCGCCGACGUCCUCCUCGCCGCUGCACUGCGCGAGCAGGGCGUGACCGACCCGGCCAAGUUCGAGGCGGGCCCGGGCGGCCUCGCGUUCGCGAGCGGGUCGGCCGCGACGGCGACGGCGAUUCAGGCGCUCGCAGGGCAGGGCGGCCACAUCGUGAGCGUCGGCGACGUGUACGGCGGUACGAGCAGGUAUCAGCUCAAGGUGGCGGGCCCGCUACAGGGCGUCGAGACGACCUACGUCGACAUGAGCUACAGCACGGCGGGCGACGGUGGCGAGGUCGAGAGUGACGAGGACCAGGACCAGGCCAUUGUCGACCGUGUCGAGCAGGCCAUCCGCCCCGAGACCAAGCUCAUCUGGGCCGAGACGCCGACCAACCCGUGCCUGUCGCUCGUCCCGAUCCGCCUCAUCGCCGCCGUCGCCAAGCGCCACGGCGUCUUCCUCGUCAUCGACAACACGUUCGCGAGCCCGUACCUGCAGCAGCCGCUCCUCCUCGGGGCUGACCUCGUCGUCGCGAGCUCGACCAAGUACAUCUCGGGCCACUCGGACGUCGUCGGCGGCCUCCUCGCGACGGGUAACCCGGCCAUCCUCAGCAAGGUCCGCUUCCUGCAGAACGCCCACGGCGCUGUCCCGUCGCCGUUCGACGCGUGGCUCCUGAUCCGCUCGAUCAAGACGCUCGUCCUGCGCACGCGCCAGCAGUCGCUCAACGCGCUCGCGCUCGCGCGGUACCUCGAGGAGACGGCCGUUCCCGCCGGCCUCGUGCGCGACGUGCGGUACCCGGGCCUCAAGCGCAAGCGCGAGUCGCCCGCCCAGCGCCGCGAGCGCGAGCUCGCGUGGACCCAGCUGAGCGACGACGCGCGGCGGUGGCUCGUGCGCGAGGGCUACUCGGUCGACGGCGAGGGCGGGUUCCCCGCGGGCGGCAUGGUGUCGUUCCACAUUGCGAGCGCGAGCCCGGCGAGCCAGACCGAGACGCAGACGGCCGAGCGGUUCCUCGAGCACCUCGACGUGUUUACGCUCGCCGAGUCGCUCGGCGGCCUCGAGGGCCUCGCCGAGCUGCCGCUCCUCAUGACGCACUCGGGCGUCGACCCAGAGCACCGGCGCAAGCUGGGCAUCGACGGCGAGCUCGUGCGCCUGUCGGUCGGCGCCGAGGACGUCGACGACAUUGUGCGCGACGUGGCGCAGGGCCUCGCGGCGGCGGUGGGCGGCAAGCAGUAGAACGCUGUGUAGAUGUCCCCCUUCGCGCACCUGGAUGCAGUUUAGACGCAGUUGGACUCU